UUUUACAGUGUAACGCAAACCUCAUAACGUCACUGUUUGGAUUUCUGAAGCGAACGAAGUUUUAUUUGUGAAAAUCUCCUUAAUUAACAAAAGAUUUCGAAGCAACGCGUUAUAAAUUUACUAAUUUAGUGAAUAGUUCAAACAUUAACAUUUAUCUUCAAUCCAUUUCGUUGAGUAUCAUCAUAAACUAAAAAAAAGUAAAUAUUUACGACUGACCUGUGCGAUACACGCUAAUAAUUUAUAACUCUAUUGUGGACCAAUCGGCAGAUGUUUAAGUCACGGAGUUAAUAACACGGAGAAAAAACAGAGGAAAAUUAGCACAAUAAUUGAAUUAAAUUCAAUUUGGUUGGCUUUUGUAAACAGAAAGCUAAAACAAGUUAAAUCUGUUGUGUGUUUUUUUGCCCUUAAACACGAAAAUCACGUCUCUAAACAAACAUGGAGAAACGAGACUACGGUAACUAUUUGCGGUGUGUAGUUCCGUCUUGUCUACAGAAGCGAGAGCCCGGAAUUUCUUUUCACCUGUUCCCUGAUCGGAAAAAGGACCCCGCGCGAUUUCAGUAUUGGCUCGACGCCCUCAGAUUAGAGAAAAUACCGUCGACUACUGCUAAAAUUUGCAGUAAGCAUUUCAACAUUGAAGAUUUUCAUCCAAUCAAACUGUCAGAUCAGCGAAAGUUUAUUCUAAUCGAUGGUGCUGUUCCCAUACAAAUCGAAGGCGAGGAAUUGCUUGCUCAACCGAAGAUAGAACGGUUACAACAGAAGAAGUCAAACGCUAAAGUUGAACGGAUAGGCUGUUCAGAACAAACUGGUCCAGACUUUGCCCGUUGUUCCGUUGAGAUCUCGAACGUGAUGCCUUCGUGUGCGCUGGGAUGCUACACAGACGGCCAAACCGUCUUCUUCGACAUUCCGAUGUCCAAGAAGCAGAAGCUGUGCACGAUCCGAGCGAACCGCUGGAAGGCGGCAUUGAAGAUUGACGCAUCCCGGCCAAACCAGAAUGGGCGCGUUUGCAGCGAGCAUUUCUUCCUGAAGGAACCGGCCCACCUCGAGGACCAGGACAAUCCCGAUUGGGUGCCCUGGCUGAAGCUCAAUCCAAGGGUUCAAGAUGACCCGGUUCAGGUUCAGCACCGGAUGCAGCAAUAUUACGAAAAAUGGCACACGUUUGGCAAGCAGAUUUGCUGCAUAACUUCCUGCUCGAGCAGCAACGAAAAGCAAAAUCUGACGGUGCCGUUGUUUGACUUCCCGGCCCUCGACACGACCAGUUACACGCGGCGUGUCCUGUCCGAGAGGCGGCUGCUUACGUGGAUUCAGAUCAUCCAGCAGCCGGAUUUGUGGAAUCGGUACGACAUUCAUACGCUGAAAAUUUGCGGCAAACACUUUAGAAGCGGACAAAUGGCCGAACUGACCGAUGUGGAAAAUAUUGAUUGGAUUCCGACUCGGGGACUGUCGCGAUCGGUGAAAUUUACUGAUCACAUUGCUCAUUUCGAUUUGCAGAACAUUGCCGCGUUGGCUUCGGAAGACUCUGAAAGUUACGCAGCGCGCGUUGAAGAUGCCAUUUCUAGCGACGAGGACGUCAGGAUGGUUCAACCGAAGCAGCAAAAGGUGGUCGCAGUAAAACGACCUCCGCCAACUCAACGCAAGCCGCAGAUUAACGUCGGAUUCAAGUGUAUUCUCUGCCUGGGCAAUGCCGCCCUCAAACCUUUGACCCCAGUCGAUCAGGUGGCCCUCGAUGAGUUCUUCAAAGAUAAACUUUGCGUGAAGUCAGAACUGAUUUGUAAAAAGUGCUGCAAACACAUCACCGACUUCCACUCGUUUCACGUGUCCAUCCUGAAGAUCCAAGACGGUGCCGUAACGCGGAAAAUCAAAAACAUCAUCCCUGUGCCGAGCGCAAAACCGGCGCCAGCUGCUACGAUAAAGAGGGCCGAAACUCUGUUUACGGUGUGCGCGCCGGACACGUUUACGUGCAACAUAUGCAAGGCAACGUUGGUUGGUAAGGAACUUUUGAACAAGCAUCUGUACGCGCAGCACAAGGUGAAAAUUAACUGCAAGCUUUGCAAAACCAGCUUCACUCCGGAAGGAUACGCCACGCAUCGGAAAACGUGCGUGCCGUCUAAGCCUGCUCAAGUCGUCAACCCAACCGUUGUGGCACCGAGCAAGACUCCGAUUACUACAGCGGCUCCCAGCAUUUCCCAAGAGAAAUAUUCUUGCUACAUUUGUGCCCAGUUUUUUACUCCGGACGAGAUGCGAGAGCACAUCAAAACGCACAACGACGUGAUAAAAGGCGGUGGCGUUCGGUCCCGAGUUGCCGCCCGGGUUGUGUUUGACGAAAGCUUCGAAUCGUGCAAGCGGUGCAAUCGAGCAGUUCACAUAAACGAUCGCGAAUGCCACCAGCGACAGCACGACGAAGAACGGGAACGACUGAAGGAACUGAUCGCGAAACAGCAGGCCAGCAACGGGUACAAAUGCGCCCUCUGUCCGGUGAGUUUCGCCACUGCGGCUCAACUGGAGAAUCAUCGAGAAACCCACCAGAAGCACACCUGCCGAGAGUGUAACAAAGAGUUUGGGCAAAUUCAACAGUUGAACAAUCACAAAAGAGAGUUUCACGGAACUCAGCUAACCGGCGAAAACAUGACCGAGUGCCCCCACUGCAGCAGUUUGGUAAGCGCAGCGUCGUACAAAGCCCACGUGGCCCAAGAACACGACUCCAUCCAGAUCGCCUGUGAGCUGUGUGGCAAGCAGGUGUUUCGGAUCGCGCUGGAAAAGCACCACGAAUCGUCCUGCACCGAAGACGACCCGAUCGUUCCGUGUACAGUUUGCGGCAAAAUGAUGCAUUCGUCCGAGAUUAAGCAACACGUCGAUGCGGUCCACCGUAAGAAGACCGCGCAAAAGCAGCCUGCCGCGAACGUUCCCAGCGCGGAGGUGCACGCCACUAGUCAGCUGGACGAUUUGAUCGAAGAAGAUUUCAUGGAGGAGCGCCUGGAGGACGAAUUUCAGCCGGAGGAGUACGCCGACUCGGUCUUUCGGGAUGAUGAACUGAUGUAGUCAUGCAAUUUUAUAGGGAUACGAGCACGAAAGGUGAAUAUUUCUUGCACAUGUUAUAUCACGGCCAAUGUGUUCGUUGUAAAUGUGAGCCAACUUUCCGAAUGCUCGCUUGCCAGCUCGUGGUUUAUCCUUCUCCGCCUUACAUUGUUCUCAUGCACGUACGCCGUCAAAGAUCGUCCUUCGCGCUCGCCGUUCGAAAACCUCGAAUCCAACCAUCUCCGCUUCCCGCUUCAAAUCGGUGUACCUCGUAGCCACCUCCUCGAACGUUCUUACGAGAAUGACCAUGUCGUCGGCAUAGCAGAUUAACUUGU